CUCUUUCCAUAUGACCGUUGUGUUCAAAUUUCAAAAUCUGAUCUUCUUAACACCAAAGAUCUCUCAAGAAAAACCGACACAACCCAGAACACACGCACACACAGAGGCCAUUAACAAACUAAAGAAACCAUGAAAGCAGCAGUUCUGACCUCACCAUCCUCUUCCUCUGGAAAAUCAUCCGCAACCACCACCACUGCCACCAUGGACGAUGAUUCAUCUGAAUCCAGAGAAAGCUGUUACGUUCCGGGAUGUCGAAGAGACACCAAUUGCAACUGCAAAAUCUGCUUAGCAAGCAUCAAUGCCACUCUCGAUCUCAUGCCUUCAAGCAUUCACAGAAGUUCUCUCACCAAGAUCUCAAAACCAGUCCCAACAACCCCUGUUUCGUUCAAUUCCUCAUUUUUGUCAACACCCAGAUCGGGAAAUCCAAGAGUUAUGGCCUCGCCGCCUCUUAAUUCUACGGGGAGAAUGGGUUUUCAUGAGAAGAUUAAGAGGAAGAAGAGAGAUCUGGGUUUUGGGUUUUCUCUGAUGAGGUUUGUUGUGGGUCUGAGCUUGAUUUUCUCGGCAGAAUGUGGAUUUUCUUGGGUGGUUUCCGGGAUUCUAAAUCCCCAAUUCUCGCCGGGUGUAGUGAGAAAUGUGGCUGAGAAAUCAUGGGUUUCUCAAGAUAUAAAUGGGAGAUUUGAAUUCUUGCAGAGAGAACUACAGAGUUUGAUCAAUGACAAUGUCUCAAGUUGUAGCUCUAAUGAUUCUAUAUGGGAAAUCAAUCAGGAUAAUUUGCUAUUGAAUUCGCGUUGUUCACUGUACAAAUCGGCUACUGAGGAGGUGAGCAUAUGGGGAUGGCCCUUGCAGACUGCUGGAUUGCUCACUGCCGAAUUUUCUUCGCGAUCAUUCACCAUCUUGUCUGGAAGAGUUACAGAGUGGUCUGAUGGGAAGGUCAGCUAUUCCACUAGGAAGGCCAACAACUCCUGGGUACACCAAAAAUGGAGUGCCUCAGCUGUGCAAUUAGAUCCGAACACAUGGAUACUCGAAUACACGCAGGCCAGAGUGGUGGAGAAUUCAAGAAUAGUGUCGGCCAUGCUGCAAUUUCUGAAAUUUAGGCUGACGAGAGCAUUUAGAAGGAUGAAGCAAGAGUUCUGGAUAUUGUCUGCAUUUGGAAACCAGUACAGUGGGUUUUUAGAAGACAACUUCAAAGUCCCUACAUGAGAGACCAGUAGUAUCCAAUUCUCAUUCCUUGUGAGAAGCAUCUGAGUAUCUUUUGAUUCGUAUUGCUGCUGUGUUCGGUAUCGUUCAAGAGUUUACAACUUAAAGAUGUGUUAUAUUCUAAUCUGUUAAACUGCUGGUCAAAUGGGCAAUUUUUAUCAUGAAUACAUUGUGGGAACUUCCAUUUCAACACGCCCAAUUCUUUUAGUGUA